AUGUGGUGGAUAGCCGUGGUGGCGGCCUGGCUAAGUGUUCCGCGGGUGGCUGUGGCUAUCAUUUCCACGUACAACUAUGUACCACAAGGCUUAAAUCCCACCUUGUACACGCCAGGAUUCGAGCCAGUUGUGCAUUUGGAUCAAGCAACUUUCGCCGAUACAGUCUACUAUCAGGAUCGAGCGUUCGUGGUCGAAUUCUAUGCUGACUGGUGUGGUCAUUGUCGAGCGUUUGCGCCGUACUUCCGAGAGUUUGCCAAUCAAGUUUAUCCAUGGAAUAAGAUUGUUACUGUUGCUGUGAUCAAUUGCGCUGACGCCUACAAUCAGAACAUUUGCCGGGAGAAUGGAAUCGAUCACUAUCCAGUGCUCAAGUAUUUCGCAAGAACAGCUCGAUCGGCUGGCAAUGGAAUCGCAUUGGAGACUCCUCAUGCACCGGAUGCUCUUCGAGAUGGUGUACUUAGGGCUGUUCUCAACGAGUAUGCUUUCAACCGUUACCCGGAUUGGCCUCCAUUCACUCAUAUCCAAGUGAAUGAUCGUACUACUUAUGGCCAGUUGUGGGACGGUGUACCGCAAGCCGCUGAGUACAUGGCAAUCGUUUUUGAGACAACCGAUGGACUUGGUGCUCGGUUCAUGCUUGACAUGUUCGAUCGUCGAGGACUCGUUGGCACUAAGCGAGCUCUUUACAGUUCUCCGUUGGUCAACAUGUUGAUGAUCAAGGAAUUCCCAUCAGUGGCCUUGUUCAGAAGAGAUCAUCAACAAGCGAUUUACAUGUCAAGACUCACUAAUGCUUCAUUCUCGGAGAUUGAUCGAGCAAUCGAAGGUGAUCGUUGGUCACACAACAGAGCUCCACCAGCCACCUUUCCUCCAUCAACAACCACCACACUUCGACCAUUCACAACAACAAGAGCACCUGUUAUUGAUUGCUUCAAAUUCCCGGAUAGUUGUCGCGACAUGUACUACGUCUCGGAAACGGACAUGCUGAAAGCAAUGCACACAGCUCUCUACGAUGAGGUGAUUCGAUCACCUGGAUUCAUACAAGGCGAAAACUUCACGAAUCUUUUCAACUUUGUAGAUUUAUUGGCCAAUCAUUUCCCAGUGUUGUCCUUCUCAAAUGAGCUCAAGCGCACGUUAAGGAAAAAGCGAACCUCGUCAACGAUCCUGAAAAACUCGGAGCGUGCCCGUUUGGUGUUCACUCAUUUGCGCGAAUGGCUUGAUUCUCGGCGAUCAUUCGGACACAUUUCAGUUGAUGAAUGGAGAAGACAAUUCGACACUGUUGAACGAGUCUACGCUCAUCCAUUCCCCACAAAUUCCUCCUGGCAACACUGCAAGGGGACAUCGGCGAUGUUCAGAGGAUACACCUGUGGGCUUUGGACAACUUUCCAUGCACUUUCUGUGCACACUUACAUUGAUACGAUUAAGGAUGAACGAGUCGAUCCACUUCGGCCACUUAAAUCAAUCCAAGGAUGGGUUUCAUCGUUUUUCGGGUGUCGAGAAUGCAGAGAUCACUUCAUGGCAAUGACAACCACGAAAUUCCCGAUGACAGAACGAAGGGUUCGUCACCCACAUGAUAUGAUGACAUAUCUCUGGAGAGCACACAACAUUGUCAAUGAUCGACUCAAAGGCACCACGACAGAGGACCCGCAAUUCUCGAAGAUGCAAUUCCCGGCCCCAUUCCUCUGCCCCACUUGUCAUUCUGGAGGACAGUUCAGUCGAAGACAGGUCCGAAACUUCCUCCUCCGCUACUAUGGAAGCAUCAAGCCUCACAAUCGACUCGCUGACAGACGUCUCGCUUUU